AUGCCCGAUCUUGGUCAUAAGAUCAAAGAUUUCCAGCAUUAUACUUGGCAUAUUACUGAUUGGAAAAAUUUAGAAAAGAGAUUAACAGGUCCCGAAUUCGAGGUUGGAGGUUGGAAAUGGCGUCUUUUACUUUUUCCUUUGGGAAAUUAUAAUUAUGACGAUACUUCUGAGGAACAUAUUGGCAUUUAUUUGGACUUUGCUGAUCCACAAGGAGCACCUGUUGGUUGGCAUAUUUGUGUACAAUUUGCUUUAUUGUUAUGGAAUCAAGAAGAGCCAACAAAAUUCGUUAGUCAUCAUACAUAUCAUCUUUUUACUGCCGAAGAACUUGAUUGGGGCUUUGCAAAAUUUCAUGAAAAGAAUAAACUGUUUAUACCGUCUGGUAAACGAACUCGUCCGCUAAUUGAAAAUGACACUUGUAAUAUUACGGUUCUUGUUCGUAUACUUGAGAAUCCAACUGAAUAUAUAAGUUUAAAAAAUCAAGAAAUGAAUCCUUUUUUCAACUCGGUGCUACAGUCUCUUUAUUAUAUAAAAUAUUUUCGUAAGGCAGUAUAUCAAAUCCCUAUGGAGGAUGUUAACUCAGUAAAAAGUGUUUCAUCGGCUUUGCAAUGGAUUUUCUAUCAAUUAAACAUUUCAAGUGCACCGGUUAAAACAGCUGAGUUAAUAAAAUUUUUUGGAUGGAAUGAAUUCUUUUUUAUAGACGACGUUCGAGAAUUUAUUAGAAUAUUGCGGAAUGAUCUUGAGGAUAAGAUGAAGGCAACAGAUGGUGUAAUUUCUCACCUUUUUGCAGGAUCGAUAAAAACUUAUAUUAAGUGCGUUAAUGUAAAUUAUGAAUCUUUACAUGUAGAAGAUUACUAUGAUAUUCAACUUGAUAUUAAAGAUUGCAAAACUUUAGAUGAAUCUUUUAUGAAAUAUAUAAAAGAAGAAACUUUGGAAGGUGAUAAUAAAUAUGAUACUGAAGACUAUGGCUUGCAAGUUGCCAAAAAAGGUGUAAUUUUUGAAAGUUUUCCACCUGUAUUGCAUUUGCAUUUAAAUCGUUCUGAGCAUGAUACGUUUAAGUCAAAUGAUUGUUGUGAAUUUCCAAUGGAAAUUGAUUUACAAAAAUAUUUGUCACCGAAUGCUGACAAAUCACAAUCAUAUAAAUACUUGCUAUAUGGUGUACUUGUUCGAGAUGAUGACUAUGAUACGGAUGAGGAACGCUAUGCCGCAUUUCUAAGACCCGAAAAGAGUAAUAAAUGGAUAAAGUUUGAUGACCGCGUUACACCAGCAUCGAUUAAUUACGGUUACGAAGGCAUAUCACAAUCUAAGAAUGCAUACAUGUUAAUAUAUAUCCGUGAAUCUAGUAUCGAUGAAAUAUUUUCUCUAAUACUUCCUGAAGAUAUGCCGAAACAUUUACAAUGCCGACCAUAUGACGAAAAAGAAAAACACCUAUAUUUACAAACAUGGAAUCAUAGAGGAUUUGAUCUUGUUAAUUUCGAUAAUCAACAAUAUCCAUUAUCAGAAAUUCCCCAAUUUAAAAUUUCAAAAGAAGACACCUACGAUAGUUUUAAGAGUAUGAUUGCUACACAAUUUAAAGUCCCUAUUGAUAAAUUAAGGUUCUGGGUAAUUGUAAAUCGACAGAAUAAAACAAUUAGACUACAUGAGCCUAUAAAAGAUGAUUGUCUUAACAUAACAAUGGAAGAAAUCAGUAGAAAUAUAGUAGGAUGUAAUGAGUUAAGAUUGUAUAUGGAAAUAGUGGAAAAGCCAAUAAAUUUCAAGAAAAAUCAUUCACAGGCUGGAUCAAUUAUCAUUUUUAUUAAAUAUUUUAAUCCAGAUUCACAGUCAUUAGAGAGCCUUGGUCAGUUAUAUGUUAAGAAGAGUUGUAGGAUUAAUAGCAUUUUUCCCGCUCUACGUAAGAAAAAACAAUUACCACUAAAAACAUCUUUAAAAAUAUAUGAAGAAAUUACACCAUAUAUGGUUAAAAAAAUUGCAUCAAGACAUACUUUUAUAAAGUUCAAUAUACAAAAUGGUGAUAUAUUAUGUUUCCAAAAGGCAUUAAAAAAUAAAGAGAUUCAAGAGUAUGAAUUAGCAAGUCGUAUAAGUAGCAUUCCUCAAUUUUAUGAAUCAUUAUCAGAAAAUAUUGUCGUUAAGUUUAAAUCAAAAUUCGGAUACCGAGACCCACUGCCUGAAUUUGAUUUAUUUUUAAAUAAAAAUCUGCCAUUUAAAGUUGUGGCUAAUCAAGUUGCUGCACAUCUUAACGUUGAUCUUUUAAGAUUACAUUUCAUUUUAGUAGAUUCGUCUGGAAAAAAAAGGGAA